GAACAUAAUUCAUUCAUGUUGACUUGUUUUACCUCUCUCCCCAAAUAAUUGAACCAUCUAUUAAUCCAUGUUCCAUCACUUCACCAACUCCAUCACUUGGCUGCGCCAUUUCUCUAAUCCACCGACAAAAUCCCCAAUUUCGAAUCUUCCAACUAAUUUUAACUGAACCCCUUUAACCCCAAUUAAAAACCCCAGAAAAUCCCAAAUCCCUAAUUUCCAUUUUCCCGAUGAUAUCAACCCUAAUUUCAAUGUGAUUCAAAAGUUAAAAUGGUAUCAUCUUCAUCAGAAAUUGAAGUUGUUUCAGAUUCAAUCUCAUCGAAUCACAUCAAUCAACAACAACAACAACAACAGCAGCAACAACAACAACAACAACAACAACAAGUGAUUGUUAUUAGUGAUGUUUUUACUGCUUCAGUUCAUGGCGAUUUGAUUAAACUUCGUAAAUUUGUUGAAGAAGAUGGCGCUUCUCUCUCUCUUCCCGACGCUAAUGGUUACUACGCUUUGCAAUGGGCUGCUCUCAAUAAUUUCCCCAAUAUUGUUCAAUAUAUUAUUGAGCAUGGUGGAGAUGUGAAUGCCACAGACCUCAGUCGGCAGACAGCGUUGCAUUGGGCUGCCGUUAGAGGUUCUAUCGUGGUUGCGGACCUGUUGUUGCAGAAUGGGGCACGUGUUGAGGCUUCAGAUGCUAAUGGGUAUAGGGCAGUUCAUGUUGCUGCUCAAUAUGGACAAACAGCCUUCUUAAACCACAUUAUUGCAAAAUAUAAUGCUGAUUUUGAUGCACCAGAUAAUGAUGGAAGGAGCCCACUGCACUGGGCUGCUUACAAGGGAUUUGCAGAUACAAUCAGAUUACUUCUGUUCAGAGAUGCCAACCAAGGAAGGCAAGAUAAAGAAGGUUGCACCCCUUUGCAUUGGGCUGUUUUAAGGGGACAUGUUGAGGCAUGCAGCAUACUCGUGCAUGCUGGCACAAAAGAAGAAUUAUUGGUGAAAGAUAAAGCUGGAUUUACCCCAAUCCAGCUAGCAUAUGAUAAAGGUCAUCGGCAUGUCGCCCUUUUGCUUUCUAAACUUCAGCGGGCUCAUAAUAAGAGUCUAAAAGGCACAUUUUUUACUGGGAAGAUUGUUGGAUCUGGCUAUGCUCCGUUCUUGUUUUGCACCAUCUUCUGUUGCAUGAUCCUUUUCAUUAAUUCAGUUCUCUUAGCUCCAAGUCUUGCGAAGGUUACUGCUGCUGUUGCACUCUGGGGAUGGACUGCUGUAACUCUAUGUAUAUUUGCAUUGAUAAUGUUUUAUCGUUGUAGCAGUAAAGAUCCAGGAUACGUCAAAAGAUCUGAUAAUUCUGGUGAUCUUAGGAAAGCACAGGAUCCUUUAUUGAAUCUUGAUAUGAUAGACUCCUCUGUUUGGACCGGAAAUUGGUCUCAGCUUUGUCCAACAUGCAAGAUUAUUAGACCACCCCGUUCAAAGCACUGCCCUACAUGUAAACACUGUAUUGAACAAUUUGAUCAUCAUUGCCCUUGGAUUUCCAAUUGUGUGGGGAAGAGGAACAAAUGGGAUUUCUUUGUUUUUCUGUGUCUUGGAACAGCAACAUCGUCUAUUAGCGGAGUGAUAGCUGUUUUAAGAAUUUGGACUGCUGUACCCGCAAUUCCAACUAGUGAAACGUGGACGCAUUAUGUGAUAACUCAUUAUUACGGAGUUACGGUCUUCUUGGUGAUAAAUUUCUUAAUAUUCGUCUCUGCAACAACUCUGGCAGUUGCACAAACAAGCCAGAUAGCUCGGAAUAUCACCACAAACGAAUUGGCAAAUGCCUCCCGCUACUCAUAUCUUCGCGGUCCGGAUGGCAAGUUCCGUAAUCCUUACAACCACGGAUGCAAAAAGAACUGUGGUGAUUUUCUUAUCCAAGGCUACACCGACGAUAAUGAGGUCCCGUGGCUUCCCUUACAUGCAGUUGCCCGGUAAAACAAGUCACUGUAUCUUUACACUUGCAUCCGUGGCUUCCCUUACAUGCAGUUGCCCGGAAGAGCUCCUGCUGGUUCACGUUCACCAAGCACUUACCAUUCUUGCGUGCGCAACAUACUUCUUUACACUUGCAAGAUGUCACCGCAUAUUCAAAUCCUGUAACUUUCUCAUGAUUCAUUCAAUUGCUUUUUUUUAUUUUUUAUUUUUUAUUUUAUUUUAUUAUUAUUAUUAUUAUUAUUAUUAUUAUUAUUAUUAUUAUUAUUAUUAUUAUUAUUAUUAUUAUUAUUAUUAUUAUUAUUUUAUUUAUUUUUUUAAACAAUUGAUCCAGUGUACAGUUGAUAUGUAUUUUCAUGUCAUAAACUGAUAAAAGGGAAGAGAAUAUGAGAUGCCAUGAAAUUUGAUUCUGCUACUUUUUUUCCCUUUCAGUUUCGUGGGGGAGAGGAUUGUAACCUGUAAUAAACUGUAAAGCAAGGAAAGAGAAAGAGAUUUUGGACGUUUUUGCAA